UGCCAAACGCACUCAACGCGAAGUGUCGCCAGUUGACCGUUCAGCAACUCUCUUCUUAUCUUUUUUUUCUUUGCUUCACCUUGUAUUCAUGUUUUGACCUAUCAUAAACAGUCCAUUAAUCCAUAAUCAAGCAAAAAUUCAAUCACAGUUAAACAGCGAUUAGACUUCGCCUUUACUAGAUUGGCAGUUUCUUCAUAAUUAAGUUAAAGCGCCCUUUGAUAUUUGAGUAUUUCACUCGAAAAUUAUUCGUUAGGGAGCGACAAAGAGGGGCGUUAUGAAUUGAAGUUUGUGGCGGUACAGAGAGAGAUGAACGUGAGCCAUGCGUCGGUUCACCCUGUGGAAGAUCCUCCGACCACGGAUGGCGGCAAUGCUCCGAGGGUGAGGAUGAAGGACAUACAGGGCAUGCCUGGGACACCUGGCGGCCUUACUUUGCGAAUUUGUCAAUUGAUCUUUGCGGUUGCAGCGCUUUGUGUCAUGGCGACCACUAAUGACUUCCCUUCCGUAACUGCUUUUUGCUUCCUUGUUGCAGCUGCUGGCUUGCAGAGUUUGUGGAGCCUUUCACUGGCCAUUGUAGACAUUUAUGCCCUUCUGGUGAAGCGAUCCUUGCAGAAUAAUCAAAUUCUUAGUUUGUUUGCUGUUGGUGAUGGGAUAACGUCUACUCUUACAUUUGCUGCAGCAUGCGCGUCUGCUGGUAUCACAGUUCUUAUUGACAAUGAUCUUCAAAACUGUAAGCAGAAUCACUGUGUGCAGUUUGAAACUGCUACUGCCGUGGCCUUCAUAAGCUGGUUUUCUGCAUUACCCUCUUUUCUCUUAAAUUUCUGGUCAUUGGCAUCCCGUUGAGAAGAUACCAUGUAAAAACCCAGAAAGAGAAAGAAUACUGUAGCCAUUUUGGACUAAUAGCUGAAGCUUAUAUAUUGAUGUCUGUGUGAAUCUAUGAUCUUUCCCUUGCCUUUCGUGUUUUAAGAUGCCCAAGAAUGUCACUUGGUUGAGUUGCAGUGUGUAUAGGUUGCAAAAUCAGGCUGCAACAUACAUAUUCGGUUAUAGAUGGUUAACUAUCCAUUUGGUAAGGCGGAAUCCAAUCGGUCGAAUUUUUUAGUGUAACCAUAAACAAACCUUCUUCAAUUGUGUUAAUGCCGCUCUCUCUCUUGGAUAUGAAAUCUUUUUUGAUCUAGAACCAUGAACAGAUUGUAUGAAAAUUUAAUAUAUUGUGAAGACAGAUUCCUUCAA